AUGAGGGGCCGCAGGGGCGACCGCAUGACCAUCAACAUCCAGGAGCACAUGGCCAUCAACGUGUGCCCCGGGCCCAUCCGGCCCAUCCGCCAAAUCUCUGACUACUUCCCCCGCCGGGGACCAGGACCUGAAGGGGGCGGCGGUGGAGGGGGCCUUGGGGAGGCCCCUGCUCGGCUGGCCCCCCUGGCCCUGGCCCCCCCUGCAGCCCUCCUGGGGGCCACCACGCCCGAGGAUGGAGCUGAGGUGGACAGCUAUGACUCGGAUGAUGCCACCACCCUGGGCACGCUGGAGUUUGACCUUCUCUAUGACCAGGCCUCCUGCACUUUGCACUGUAGUAUCCUCAGGGCCAAGGGCCUCAAGCCCAUGGAUUUCAAUGGCCUGGCCGACCCCUACGUCAAGGUGCACCUGCUGCCUGGAGCCUGCAAGGCCAAUAAGCUGAAAACGAAGACGCAGAGGAACACUCUGAAUCCCGUGUGGAACGAGGACCUGACGUACAGUGGCAUCACGGAUGAUGACAUCAGCCACAAGGUGCUCAGGAUCUCCGUGUGUGAUGAGGACAAGCUGAGCCACAAUGAGUUCAUCGGAGAGAUCCGAGUACCCCUCCGCCGCCUCAAGCCUUCACAGAAGAAGCAUUUUAAUAUCUGCCUUGAGCGCCAGGUCCCGCUGGCGUCACCCUCUUCCAUGUCGGCAGCGCUGAGGGGCAUAUCCUGCUACUUGAAGGAGCUGGAGCAGGCGGAACAGGGGCCUGGGCUGCUGGAAGAACGAGGGCGCAUCCUGCUGAGCCUCAGCUACAGCUCUUCACGCCGCGGGCUACUGGUGGGCAUCUUACGCUGUGCCCACCUGGCUGCCAUGGACGUCAAUGGCUACUCCGACCCCUAUGUCAAGACGUACCUGAGGCCAGAUGUGGAUAAGAAAUCCAAGCACAAAACAGGCGUGAAGAAGAAGACUCUCAACCCAGAAUUUAAUGAGGAGUUUUUCUAUGAGAUGGAACUCUCCGCUCUGGCCACCAAGACUCUGGAAGUCACAGUCUGGGACUAUGACAUUGGCAAAUCCAACGACUUCAUUGGGGGCGUGUCCCUGGGACCUGGUGCCCGGGGAGAGGCCCGGAAGCACUGGAACGACUGUCUGCAGCGGCCAGACACAGCCCUGGAGCGCUGGCACACCCUGACCAGCGAGCUGCCCCCUGCAGCCGGGGCUCUGCCCUCAGCCUGA